AUGAGCACCUCCCUGAGCUACAAGUCGUUCUCCAAAGAGCAGCAAACUAUGGACAACCUGGAGAAACAGCUGAUCUGCCCCAUCUGUUUGGAGAUGUUCACCAAGCCAGUGGUCAUCCUGCCCUGCCAGCACAACCUCUGUCGGAAAUGUGCCAGUGACAUCUUCCAGGCCUCCAACCCCUACCUGCCGACCAGGGGAGGAACGACUGUGGCGUCGGGGGGCCGCUUCCGCUGCCCCUCCUGCAGGCACGAGGUGGUCCUGGACCGACACGGCGUCUACGGGCUGCAGAGGAACCUGCUGGUGGAGAACAUCAUCGACAUCUACAAGCAGGAGUCCACAAGACCUGAAAGGAAGUGUGACCAGCCAAUGUGUGAAGAGCACGAAGAUGAGAGGAUUAAUAUUUAUUGUUUGAACUGUGAAAUGCCCACCUGCUCCUUGUGCAAAAUCUUUGGUGCCCACAAAGACUGUCAGGUUGCUCCUCUCACAAGUGUUUACCAGCAACAGAAGUCUGAGCUGAGUGAUGGCAUUGCAGUCCUGGUGGGGAGCAAUGACAGAAUGCAAGGGAUUGUCACGCAGCUGGAGGAGACCUGCAAGUCAGUUGAGGUAGCCUGGGAUGAGCCUCCAAGCAUGGGAUUGGAGGAAGCUCCCGUGAGCAGUGAGAGGGGUGACGAGCCGGCUCGUCAUGUCUUCUCCUUCUCGUGGCUGAACUCCCUGAAUGAGUGA